AUGGCAGGCAAAACAACAUCAAAAGCGUGGCUCUUCGUAAUUCCCGUACUGCUAGCGAGCAGCACCAGGGCGGACCCAAAAUGCUAUGAUACAUGGGGGAACGAGGACGCAAGCCAACUGCCGUGCUUCGCGCCGGGAACGACAGACACGAACGCGACAACCUGGUGCUGCAACAAGAACGACUACUGUCUCUCCAACGGGCUGUGUCUCAGUCCCGGGUUGACGCAGCAAGGAUGCACCGACAAGGCCUGGGGAACGCCAUGCAACAAGAUCUGCUCGUCAAGCGAUGGCAACAGAACGACCCUCGGAAUCCCCCUCAUACCCUGCCCGGCCAGCCACAACGCCGACACCAACGAAUUCCAAUUCUGCUGCGGCCCCGACGCCACCUCGUGCUGCGACAACGCCAUCUCAUGGACCUCCAUCCCCGCCGGCACCAUCAUCCGCGGCCCAGUAACAUCCACCGACUCCUCUACCUCCCCCUCCUCGUGUAGUAAUAGUAGUAGCAGCAGCAGCAAUAGCUACUCCCUCAAACUAGGCCUGGGCAUCGGCCUCGGAAUCGGCAUCCCCAUCCUCCUGGUGCUCCUAGGCGUCGCUUACCUGCUCGCACAACCCAUCCACCCCUGCCGUCACUGCAAGAACAACGAGAAGAACAGAUCCAAAUCCAGCGGCGGCGGUGGUCCCGCCGCACUUACUACUACUACUACCACCACCACCACCACCACCGAAAAGACCCCCUCCUCCUCGUCGUCCUCUCCAGAAAAGAAACAGCGCCACGACUCCUUCGGCCGCGUCGACACCCACGUCGGCCCGCCCUCCGACGACGGUUUCGACAACAAUAACAACAACAUCCUCCCCCACUUGUGGCCGCCCGCCGCCGGGCCGUCGGGUAGUACCAGCAUGGCGGCGACCCUUGCCCAGUGGGCGCUGCGUUCCGGGUUUGGGCUAACCACCGCUCAUCAUCAUCAUCACGUACAUGGCGGUGGUGGUGCUGCACCGGGAAUGGGAAUGGGGAUAGGAGAGAUGGAGGCUCCAGCCCCGCCACCGAGGCCGGACACGCCGCAGGAGAUGGAUGGGCGGUCUGUGAGGGGGAUAGUAGGAUACAAUCACAGGCGGUCGAGGAGUAGUAGGCCGGUAAUAAGGACUUUCACUGCGCGGGGUGGCGGGUUGUUUGCUGGGUCCUAUCCUAAUACGAUGACGGCGGCGCCGGCGGAGUUACCUGGUCAGUCUUCUUCUGCGGAGGGGGUGAGGGUGGUGUACAAGGGGGAUAAUAGUAAUGCGGCGAAGGGGCGGAAGGUGAGGGUUGCCGCGGAGGAGGUUGAGCUGCCUACGCCGGAUACGCCCGAGAGGGAGAGGGAUCUGGAGAAGGGGGUAAGCGGGAAGCGUGUCGGGCUGGAGAGGGGAGGAGGGAGUAGGUGA